AUGAUGAUGCUCCUUCAUCUACUUCUCUCCACUCUCAGCUUUGCCUUGGCAUCCAAGGAUCCAGGCUUCAAUUGCCAACCCCGGCAGAAGUGCUGGCCUUCCCCUAAUGAAUGGCAACAACUGAAUAUCACCCUCGGUGGCCACCUAUACCUCACCGUUCCCCUAGGCGCACCAUGUUACCCAAGUUCAAUCUACUACAAUGAGGUUACCUGCUCCAUCAUCGAAAAGGAUAUCACCAACGACCUCGAUCGCGUAGGCUACUAUGGGCAGACCUACUGGCAGAGUUGGGAGGCCUGCGGCACUUCGGCGUGUUCACUUGCUCCUCAAGACCAAACAUAUCCACUCUACAGCACCUGUUCGCUGGGCCGAUUAGGCGCAUAUUACAUCGACGUGCGCUCCCCGUCACACGUGGCCGCGGCCAUGGCUUUCGCUAAAACACAUAACAUCCGCCUCAGCAUCAAGAACACAGGCCACGAUUACUUUGGCCGCUCGGCGGUGCCCAACUCGCUGGCUCUGUGGACGCACAACCUGAACUCGCUCUCUUUCAACGACACCUUCACGCUGUCAGGCUGUCCCGCCAAUACCCCCACGCUACAAAAUAUCGGCACGAUGGGAGCAGGCGUCAUCGCGAAGGACGCCUAUGUCUUCUUCAACGGCCAGCACAAUAUGGACAUCACCGGUGGGUACGAGGAAACGGUCGGUCUCGCGGGUGGAUUCGGGCAGGGUGGCGGCGUGGGUGAUUUCACAACCUUGUACGGACUGAUGGUAGACAACGCCGUCGAGUUCGAGGUUGUGACGGCGGACGGGAAAGUGCGCAUCAUCAACGAGUGCGUCGACCCAGAUCUAUUCUGGGCCAUGCGCGGCGGCGGCGGGGGAACUUUCGCCGUCCUGACCAAAUACCGCGUCCAGCUGCACCCUGUGCUGCCUAUUCACACCUACACGCUGAAGGCCAACUUCAGCGCCGAAAGCAACGGUCUGCGCUCGAUCCUUACCGCGCACGCCGAGAACCAGCUCGCCUGGUCGCAGGAGCUCGUGACAGGAAGCGUGGACUACCUCGUCGACUACGUCGAAUUUGGCGCGGUCCUGCCCUUUGCAGACGACGGGUCCAAGCUGGCCGCGCUUAUAGCGCCCUUCGUGGAGGCGGUGAGCAAGUCAGCCGAGAUCACGAUCCUCACCAACAACUUCACCUCGUACGCCUCGUACUUGGACUACACGGGCUUUUCCGCCGCCGACGCCAAGGCCACCGAGGCCCCAGGUAUUUCGCAGCUGCUCGCCUCCCGCCUCAUGCCGCGGUCUCUAUUCGCAGCUACCGCCUCGAUCGCCGCGCUAGUGGACGCUAUCCUCUACGGCAUCACGACGGCGAGGGCCCUGUCCCCGGCUUCGGAUAUCACUGCGACACAGGUCGUUUUCGAGACCCCGGUUUCGAAUCCGGACCCGGAGCGCAAGACGUCGGUGAACCCGGCGUGGCGGACGGCGCUGUGGCAUGUGAUUCACGUCGGCGAGUGGACGGCGCCGCUGGAGGCCGCAGAACAGAAGAAUGUUACACUGGGAUUUCUAGAUCUGUUGACACCGUUGAAGGCAUUGAGUCCUGGGGGCGGCGCGUAUUUGAACGAGGCAUCGUAUGAGGAGCCAGAGUGGGAGGAGACGUUCUGGGGGGAUAAUUAUGGGAAGUUGGUGGGGGUCAAGGACAGGUACGAUCCCGAGCAUCUGUUUGAUUGCUGGAAGUGUGUUGGUUGGAGAGGGGAAGAUGAGUGA